GCAGAAAAAAAUGAGGACUUGUGGAAGACAGUGACAGGAAUUUCAACUUUCAAGUCUUCAACCAACAAUCAUGGACAAUCAUGAUCGUGUGUGAAUUUUUGUGUUUUGUGAAGAGAAUGUUGUGAAAUACUAGUGAUCUAUUCUUAAAACAGAUUUUUCAAUAAAAUAAUUCAUUAUCAAAAAGUAUCAAUUAUAUUAUAAAGACUCUCAUUUGCUAUAUCCGAAGAGGAUGUCCUUUAGCGGGCUGUUGAAAACAAUUCCCCGCGAAGGGAGGGUGCAACUUCCCGGGGGACAAACAGACGGAUUCAUCAGACCAGCGAGGGAAGAUGAAGAGAGACGAGAGCAAGCAGUGUUGGAAGAUCGUCCAAGAUUUGGUGAUGAGUAUGCGGAAAAAUACCGACAAGAAGAAGAAGAAGAGGAACUGCGAAUGCUGGAGGCAAGUAAACCAGUGGCAGGAAAGAAAUCUGACAAUCUUUGUGAAGUCGAUGAUUUAACGUCAAUGGGAACAAUGCCCAAUCUAGCACAACUCCGUAUAGAUGAUAUGGACAACACCCUGUUCAAUGAUUACAGGCUGAUGGUGCCCACAGAUUUGAAACACUUGCCAGUGUUCCAAUACCAAGUUAAGUUUUUGGCGCUUGUAAACAGUAAUCCAGUGGUUAUAGUGAGGGGUAAAACUGGUUGUGGAAAGUCGACACAACUGCCUCUGAUGAUCCUUGAUGAUCACGCUCAGAGAAGACAGUUUUGUAAUAUAAUUGUGACCCAACCGCGCCGUAUUGCUGCCAAGUCUAUCGCCACCGCCGUUUGCAAAACAUAUAACAUAAAUUUGGGCGCGUUGGUCGGCUACCAGAUCGGUCUCGAUAAAGAAGUGGAUCCCCGGACUAGACUGACCUAUUGCACAACCGGUGUGCUGUUACAAAAACUUAUAGCAGCCAAAAAUAUGGAUGAAUACACCCACAUCAUCCUGGAUGAAGUCCAUGAACGAGCUCAGGAUAUGGACUUUCUCAUGCUUUUGGUACGAAAACUGCAGCGCACCAAUUCACGUAAUGUCAAAUUGAUUUUGAUGUCUGCUACGAUUGAUGUUGAUAAUUACGCAAAUUACUUUUCGAGAAUUGUGAAUAAUAGCAGAGAAGCUGCUCCAGUGAUGGAAAUUUCAAAGGAGACCGCUUUCAAAGUUCAGAUUUACUAUACAGACCACUUGAUAAGCAAACUGGGCACUUUUCCCGAAUCUACAAAAGGUGAACACGAUAUCAGCCCAGAAGCGUAUGAUUGGGUGGUGAAACUCAUAAAAGCGUUCGACUUCUUAGACGAGUAUGAAAAUAAGAAAAAUGUGAGAGGAUCUGUACUGGUAUUUCUGCCUGGUAUACACGAGAUCGAAAGUAUGUUCGAGGCACUGCAAAGGAGAGAAGAUGGAUUGUGGUGGAUCUGUCCUCUGCAUUCGACGCUCACAUCUGAAGAACAAUUUAAGGCAUUUCAGCCGCCGCUGAAAGGACACAGAAAGGUUAUAUUGUCCACAAACAUUGCGGAAAGCUCUAUCACGGUCAACGACAUAAAAUAUGUUAUCGAUUUUUGCCUGACCAAGGUGAUGAAGUUGGACCACGAAACGAACCUGUCUUGCCUCCGACUGUGCAGUGCCAGUAAAAACAUGUGCGAACAGCGAGCUGGUAGGGCGGGGCGAGUCAUGGAUGGCAGAGUCUACCGCUUAGUCAGCGAGCAUCACUACAAAACAAUGGAGCAAGAAAGCACCCCAGAGAUGUUGACUGCGUCAUUGGAUCUCAGUGUUUUAAAGGCUAAACAGUUGGAUAUGGGAGAACCUAAAAAGAUUCUUGCUAUGGCCAUGGAUCCUCCAGAUUUGACAAAUAUAAAGAAAACAAUUUUAAAAUUGAAAGAGCUCGGGGCACUCUAUAUGAAGGUAGGAAAGGUAUAUAAAGAUGAUGACGGUGAUUUGACUGUGAUGGGAGAUGUGAUGGGAUCUCUACCUAUCGAUCCUCCGAUGACCAAGCUCAUUCUUCUCGGACAUGCCUUCAAUUUGCUUAAUGAUGCCAUAAUAAUGGCUUGUUCGAUGUCUGUGAAGAGUAUGUUCAGCAGACCUUUCAAGAAAGAUCUAGAAGCGUAUUUGUCCAAAUGUACUUGGGCAGACUCCCUAACCAGUGAUCCAAUUGCAUAUCUUAAUGCUUACAAUACGUGGAGAUCACUGUUAACGUCUGGCAAGUUCAACAUUUCGAACGGUGAGUCUGAAUCGAUGUGGGCCAAACGCUACUUCAUCCAAAUACCAGUGAUUCGUGAAGUGGCCAGGCUGGUCGAAGACGUCACCGAUCGUCUCAAAAGAUUCAAUGUUGUUCCAUCAAAACCACCAAAAUCAACACCUUCCUGGACAAAAUUGAAACAGAUUCUCUUGAAGAUGAUCCUGGCUGGAGCGUGCUAUCCAAACUUCUUUUUCAGGGGAGAUUUGGUUGGACAGCAAAUUGACAGGGAAGCUGUUAAACUGCUGGGAUCCAGAGACCCGGCCAACACUGUUUACUUAUCAAACUUUGCUCUGGGACAGCCUGGUCCUUUGUACUCUAACGCAAUCAAGAAGCUGUUUUCACAUUGCGGAGUUCCGAGCUGCGAUAUCAAGGUCUCAUUUGAUGGCAGCAGCCGAGUAUAUGUUGAGUUCAAAUCAGACUGCGAGACGCAAAAGUAUGAUGGAUCUGAGAAAGAAUUGAGCUCGAAAAUCUCGUGUACAAUCUCCAUGGCUGUUUACAGAGCACUCAAAAUGAGACACGGAAAGGUUCCACUACAGAUUCCAAUGUUGACGGUGUCAGAAGCAAACAAACGUGUCCAUAUUGCUCGGGAAAAAUACAGGCAGAAGAAGAAAUGCAGCCAAGAGGCUGUGCAUUCUGUACUGCCGCCAAUAGACAGCCAAUACCUGGAUAUUGCUGUCACACACAUAAACGACAUUUCAAACUUCUACGUCCAGCAAAAGAAUCCGUAUACGUUGAAGAGGCUGAACGACUACCAUGUAAUUCUGAACAAGUUAGUGCAACUGAAAAAGGCGCCACAUGUUGUCGUGAACGAACUCUACGCGGCUCCGUUCUUCCAGGAUGACACUCGCGCCUUCUACCGCUGUAAGGUCCUAUCCAUCGACAAACGCUCUGCACAGAUAAUGUACGUCGAUUAUGGAAACAUUGAGAAAGUGGAUGUUACCUUCCUCUUCUUGUUGCCAAACAGAACAGUUCUGCCUUCAAAAGAUGGCCCCGAGACGACAUAUGACUUGAAGACUGAGCCUCCGCUGGCAUUCAGAUGUCGGUUGGCUGGCGCUAUGCCAAAAAGGCUUCACAGAACCAACCAAGUGUUCUCCGAGAUGUGCCUUUUCCAAGGAGCCGUUGGAAAGGUGUACUCGGUCGUUGACAGUGUGGUGUCAUUGGAAAUCCUGGUGGUUGAAGGAAACUCGUCCUCUUACCGGAGCCGAGAGGACGAUUACAUCAAUGUCAACAGAAUGUUGGUGGAACGAGGGCUGGCCGACCAAUACGAAGAGAGCUUCUUGUCCAAGAUGAACCACGACCGGAGAGUGAAGCACCAGUCCAAGUUCAAUUCGUACAACAAUGUGCCUGAGGAUGUGAAUAACGACGGGGAUGAGACCGAGUCCAAUCAAACAUUGUUCGAUAACGAUGAUGAUCUCGACAUGAAAUCGCCAACAUUCGAAGAAACACAUUCUAAAAUGAUCUUGAAGGGGCCAUUCAGUCCUCUCGAAAUGAAGAUCCACGGCUGCUUGCGAACCACUAUCAACAAAUGCAUUUCAAUUGAAUCGGACUCCAUCAACUCAGUCCUCCUAGAUGAACAGCCAGACAACCCUCACGAUAGGAUGGUGGUGGCCGCACACGUGUCCCGUAGUGCGGGCGGACAGCGCCUGAAUCUGAGGCACACGACGGUCAUCCUCGAUUGCAAUGGCAUGUCUGCGUUGAUGUGUUUGCUGUUCUCGCCAGUCGUUGAGUUGAGAACUGACGAGAAAUUUUCCCGACUUACUGGUGCUAUUUGUGGUCUAGGAUAUGAUCCUCAAACAAAACAAUCAUACUUUCCGGAACAUGAUUUCGAAAUUGCGUUUGAUACAGUUUUCACAAUAAAACAGAUUGAACAAAUAAAUAAGUUUCGACUUGCGUUGAGCGGAUUUCUUGCUCCUCAUGGCGAAAGUAAUUACUUCAACAUGGAAUUUACCAAGACCCAGGCUGAUUUUCAAGAGAUGAUAGACGAAGCGUUCCAUCUGAUUGCAAAUCAGCCAAUUGAACGAGUAAAAGUAUGCAAUUCGUACAAAUGGGGCCAGAUUCCCGAGGAUCUCAUUAUGUUACCGGGUAAAGGUGAUACCUGGCAAAAUCCAUUAAUCUAUCAGCUCAUUUUUGGCAUAGAUCUCACUCCUCCACGCCAUAGCGAAUUCGAGAAAAUGCGUAACGAAUUCCAAAGAAAUAUAAACGAACUCGUAAAAAUCAAGGAUGGGUUGCAGACGUUCAAGCCAAUUAACUGUGAACUCUGCCAGGUCCCCAUAGAAAAUAUCCAGGUUUUGACAUUGCAUUUCAUGUCGAAGCAACAUGCUGAGCUAUCGAAAAGAUUCAAGUUGAAUAAUUCCGGUAACCAGUAAAAGGUAAAAGUGCCAUUAAAAGUGAAUGUGAGCAACUAAAGUGCAAGUGAAAGUUGAAGUGACAAUGAGAAGUUUCAACGAGAACCAUCAAGUGAAACCUCUAGAAACAGUGUGCAAAUUUUGUUAAUUUUCUUUCUGCUAAUUCAUCGAUUAUUCAUUAAAGUUGUCAUUAACAAACCAAAACCUUUCUACAGAGCAUUCCAUGUACACAUAUCACAGAUUUAUGUCUAGUUGAUUGUUAAUAUCUUGAAUUUGUUACCAACCUAGUCAAUUGGAUAUUUCUGUAUAAUCACCCAGGUUAAAUCACCAGUUUUAAUCAAAACUGGUUAUCAAAUCAUAAUUUUUAUCAUUUUAAUCUUACCACAGUUCAAUUUUAUAGUAACAAUUUGCAGUAACAGAUUACAGUACUAAAAUUUUAAUUAUCAAUCAGUGAUUAUGACAUCAGCCAGGAAAGGCUAGGUACAACAUAUUUCAAAAUUGAAUCAAUAAUUUAUAUCUUUGCAAUACUUACUCUCUGCUCCAAUUUGACAUUUAGAAUAACUUCUAGUUAGUCACUAGUUUUUCACUGUCAACAAAGUCUUUCUUUAAUGUUUUGUGGUUUUUUCAUUUCCCUUGAUUUUAUGUAUUUUGUAUAACUACUUACAACUAAUGAUUGUAAUCGAUGCUUGGUGAUAGUGUGAACUUAGCCAAAAUGAUGGGUGGUUUACUGGUAACAAAAUUUCUGUUCAUAUUAUUUUUUUAUACUUAUCUUCUAUGUUUGAUAAAGACUAUCAACAUGAUUGCGAUUAUUACAUUUUAUUACUUUAGCGAAAGUGGGUGGUCCCAUGAUAACGAAAUUUCUGUUACUUUUACAUUCUUCUUACACUUAUGCACUAUGAGUAAUUGUUUUAAAAAUGUCAUAAUGAUAGUGAUAUUGAUUAGUGAUUGAUCUUUGGAUAGAGAAUGAUAGAUGGAUAUGAUGAUAUCAGUCGAAACAGGCUCCUGAUUUUUAUUAAUAAUUAUAAUUUUCUGUUAAUUGAACUGUUAAUUUUUCAUUUUUAGUAAUUUUAUUUUUCCAAGACUUGUAGCCUAUUAUAAUAAAUGAUUAAAAAAUAAAAAAUUAAAAAAAUAUGUAUGAUAAAAAAUUAUGUUUAUAAUAAAUGAAGUACAUUGUAAUGAUUGUAAUAAUAAUGUUUGGUUCCACUCAGCGAAAAUGAAUGGUUCCCUGAUGAAGAAAUUUUGUUAAUUUUCCAUUCUUUUUACACUUAUGUACUAUGAUAUUUUUUAAAGAAUAUCAUAAUAAUUGUUUUAUUGAUUAGUAUCUUGGAUAGAGAAUGAUAGAUGGAUAUCAUGAUAUCAGUCAAAACAGGCUCCUGAUUUGUAUUAAUAAUUAUCAUUUUUCUGUUAAUUUUUAAUUUUUAGUAAUUUUAUUUUUCCAAGACUUGUAGCCUAUUAUUAUGUUUAUAAUAAAUGAAGUACAUUGUAAUGAUAGUAAUAAUAAUGUUUGUUUGCACUCAGCGAAAAUGAAUGGUUCCCUGAUGAAGAAUUUUGUUGAUUUUCCAUUCUUUUUACACUUCUGUACUAUGAAUAUUUUUUUAAGAAUAUAAUGAUUGUGAUAUUGAUUAGUGAUUGAUAUUUGGCUAGAGUAUGAUAUCAGUAAAAACAAGUGAAACAGGUGAACAGCUGAUAUCAGCAGCCGAGGUGAAAAAAUAUGAAGACGUUGAGUAUAGUAUAUAGCAUAUUAUAUAAGAGUAUAAGUACAGUGGUGGGAAACAUGAAGAAUCAUGUCCAAGUAACAAAUGGGAACAUGAUAGGAUGGCUGUGGCGGAAGUAUGAAGAUGUGAAGACUGUCAUUGAGAAUAUGAAGGGUAAUGGUGAGGAUGAAGAAGAGGUUGUCAAGAAGGUUUUAUUAAUAACCUAUCAUUUUUCUGUUAAUUGAUCUAAAUCUUUGUUAAUCUUUAAUUUUUAAUAUUUUUAUUUUUCCAAGACUUGUAUCAUGUUUAUAAUUAUGAAGUGCAUUGUAAUGAUAAUGAGUUAUUGAUCUUUAGUUACAUUAUGAUGUCAGCCAGAACAGGCAGUCUCUAACGAAAUAGAUCAGAUUACAGAGUAGAUACUACAUUUAUGUUUAUAUUUCAUUUCCAGGCUUAUGUAAGUUUAAUAUGUAGAAUUUCUCAAGAUUGUGUUACCAUUGGGUGCGUUGGUUUGUACACUUCAACCUUUGAAAAAUAAAGAUUAUCUUUCUAUUUGUUCAAUAAAGGAUUUGUGAAUUUGUCA